GUUGUAGAAUUCAAAUUAUGUCUGGAGGGCUUCUAUGUGCUAACACAAAAGAUGAGACGCUGCUCCUCAAGCUUGCGUUUGGUCCUCGUUAAUAACCGUGCAGGAAGCCACAGAUUGGUCAGCGUGGAAUUGGAUGAAGAAUUAAAGCUCCUACAACCUGAAUUUAGCCUGCGGAAAGAACUGAAGUUCCAGGUUCAUGAAGAAUAAUAAUCUCACAAUUAUACAAUGCCUGUAAUCACCAAAGAAUCAGUGGGACGAGUGGCUUAUUUCCCUGAUGUCUGAAUUCAGGGCUCUAAACAGAUCCCAAAGUGAAGGACGGGUUACAAUGCAGUCACUGUUACAGUGUUUGUGCUUCUCUCAUUGUCGAGGUCGCCCCGACGCUGCCUAACGCUCUCCUCUGAUUGGCUGUUGCUGUACUAACCUCAGACCGCCUUCUGUCAAUCAACGCUGCAAGUUCGGUCGCCUUGCCAUUAAGGUUGUGGCCUACCGGUGCAAGCGUUUUCUCUUUUAUAUGUAACUUACCUUCUCCACCAUCUUACAAGGUUUCGGAUAAUGAAUUUUCAGACCACUACCCUCCUCUUCUCAAUCCUGAGGGACUGCCUAAGGAUGAUGUGCUUCCAUUCCAGUCUUGUGGCUUCUGAAGUGGCUAAUAAGGCCAAAGUGGGACUUGCAGACUCUUCCACAAAUGGGGCAGAAGGUGGAAAAAUGACAUCUGCUCCACACAAUUUUUCCUGGAUUGAACCAAAUAAAUUAGCUGGAAUGGCCUUGCCACGUUUACCUGCCCAUUAUCAGUAUUUGUAUGAAAAUGGCAUUCGACAUCUAGUUACGCUUUGUGAAAGAAAGCCACCAUACCAUGAUACCUGCCCAGCAGUGAAAAUUCAUCAUAUAAGGAUCCAUGACUUUUGCUCACCUACUUUUGAACAAAUCAAGAGAUUUCUUUCGAUUGUUGAAGAAGCCAAUGCAAAGGGUGAAGGAGUUGCAGUCCAUUGCCUUCAUGGUUUUGGGAGAACUGGAACAAUGCUUGCCUGUUAUCUUGUAAAAAGUAGGAAAAUAACAGGCGUUGAUGCAAUUGAAGAAAUACGAAGGAUUCGCCGUGGUUCAAUAGAAACCAGUGAACAAGAAAAAACAGUUGUACAGUUUCAUCAUCAUAUAAAAUAAUAAUUUCUCAUUACCAACUAAAGAUUUUUCUCUCUCUAACAAGCUGAUUAUUUUAAUGCAUGGAUAUCUUCAACCCCAGAAGCUGGUACAGCUUUUUCAAGAUUGGACAUUUCUCGGAUGCUUGAUUAUGUUUACCACUCUAGAAUGUCAGUUUCUUUUUAUUAGUUUCCUGUGGAGCUUCUCUAUAAAUAUUAUUUUUAUGCUGCAGAGGUAUGAUCAGAUGCUUUGACCGGUUGCUUGAUUUCUACAUGUCAGAAUAUACCUCACUGUUGUAAUAUGGCAUUCUAACUAUGAUGGUAUUUGUUGCCUCCUUGCACUUGAGAGGAUAGAGGCAUUUUAAGAUCUGCUACAACAUAUGUAAAUUAAAUCACUGUAAACAUUUAACACACAAUUACAGCUCUAGCAGAGGAUUAAAUAAGCAAGUUGUUUAUUUAACCAUUAUUUAUUUAAUUAUUAUUUGAUUUCCAUUCAAUCGUUUAUUAAUUAAAUAAAUAAUGGCUAUUAUUUAAUUAUUUAUUAGAUAAUAAGUUGGCUUCCAAAAAGGCAAUACAAUAUACUUUGCUGUAUUAUGAACAUUGUAAAUAGAUUUUUAAAAAUUUUUUUUCUCCUUGAAGAAUUUACAGGGCAAAUUAGAAGAACAGAAUAAAUUCCACUGUUUUCUAUCAUUACUUCAUGUAGCUGAAAACAACUACAGAAUUUUGGUGUAUUCAGAGAUUAAUGUAAAAUUCUGAAGUUGCCAUCCGUAGUUUCUUCAAGGGCAUCUUCAAGGACUUUCCAAACAUAAUAUAAAAUCAUUGAACUAAUGUUAAUUUAAGCUUUUUGCAUUAAAUUUAAUACCCUGAAAACAUGGUGUUUAGCAAAAUAUAUUAAAAAUAUUUGUACUUAGUGCACUGUUACAAUCUCACUUAGGUUUCUUCAACUAAGCUUUAAUAAUUGCCGCUUAAAAAAAAGUUCUGAUGAAAUGUCAUUGACCUGAAACGUUAGCUCAGAUUGUCUCUCCAAAGCUGAUUGUUACAGCAUGGCACAAGUGCAGUCUUCCUCUGGAGCCUGUCUCCCACUACACUGAACAUGGCAAGUGCCUUGGUACAAAGUCUAUUGCAUUCAUAAAAUAGAUUUGACAGCUAGUGAGGCCCUGCUCUCAGGCUCACCAGCUGUCAAAUGUUUCAAAUGUUCACAGUCAUUAAUAAUAUCUCACCCAACAUAAAUCCACUUAUCUUUGGUGGUUAAAUAGAGAACAUAGAACAGGACAGGAACAGGGCUUUUGGCCGAUGAUAUCUGCGUCGACUGUGGUGCUGAAUUAAACUAAAUCUCUUCUGUCUAUAAAUGAUACAUAUUCCUCCAUUCCUUGCAUAUUCAUGUGUCUAUUUAACAGCCUCCUAAACACCACUAUUGUAUCUGCUUCCACCACUGCACCUGGCAACCCGCUCUGGGAACCUACCACUCCCUGUGUUUUUAAAAAAAGAACUUGUCCUGCACAUCUCCUUUAAAAUUUCCUCCUAUCACCUUAAAUGUAUGUUCUCUCAUAUUUGACAUUUCCACCCUGGGGAAAAAGAUUUUGACUGAACAUUCUAUGCCUGUCAUAAUUUUAUAAACUUCUAUUGGGUCUCCCCUCAACCUCCGGCACUCCAGGGAAAACAAUUCAAGUUUGUCCAUCCUCUCUAUAGCUCACACCCUCUAAUCCAGGCAGCAUCCUGCUAAACCUCUUCUGCACCCUUUCCAAAGCCUCCACAUCCUUCCUGUAAUGGGGCAACCAGAAUUGCACACAGUAAAUGUUCACAGGAUUUUGGUGCAUCCAGAGCUUAAUAUGGAACCCUGGAUCUGCUAUCAGUAGUCCUAAAAUGUUCACAGUCAUUAAUUUAGGCCUAAUUAAAAAUAAAAAUGUUAAGAUUAAAAAUAUUUCAAAAACCUACAUUUUAACUACAGAUGAAAAGUCAUCAACCUUGAUGAUCAGCUUUGUCCCUUUCUCCACAGAUGUCGCCUAACCUACUAAACACUUGCAGGUUUUCCUGUUUUUAUUCUAGAAUAACUAGCUUUGUCUGUGCAUUGUAAUUCAUUUGAAUAUUUCAAACUCUGGAUUUUAUUAUGUUCUAAUGAUUGAUAUUUCAACUUAUAAUUUUUAAUCAUAUCAGUUUAAAAUGUCAAUUAAAAUUAAAAGUAGAAUGUCCUGUUUGAGAAUUCUUCAAUGUGAUCAGCUGCUAAGACCAUUUGAUGAUGUCCCAGCUAUUGAGUGCCAAAAAUCAGAAAAGGAGUUCUCAUUACAGAGAUCAUGAAAUCUUUGAGGAAUUACUUUUCCCCUAGUUACCACAAAUUGCUGCCGCAUCACCAGUGCUUGGCCAUUAGUGCUCUCCAGAAUGAUUCU